ACGUAGGGUCUCUCCCUAACAUAACCCUCUCCACAACUAACAACAACCCCUUCCCAGAUAUCCUUCGUGGUUGAUUUUUGAUUGCGUCAAAAAAUAAAAGUGAAAGUCCCUUUUUUCAUUUUUUAAUUUAUUUACCUAAUCCAAUAACAAACCAUAAAAGGGGAGGAGUAAAAAUUUAAUCUUUAAUAUAUUCUUUUUUUAAUUUUUCAUUUUUUUUGUCAUGGAUUUUGCUUCUUUUUAAAGUUGAAAGGAGGGGCCAUCAUCCUCCUUGUUCACCCGCCGCCUGUAACGAGAGAGAGAGAGAGAGAGAGAGAGAGAGAGAGAGAGAGAGAGAGAGAGAGAGAGAGAGAGAGAGAGAGAGAGAGAGAGAGAGAGAGAGAGGGUACAUUUUGAUGCUUGUUAACCAUAGAGCAAAACCAAAAGGCAUUCAUUUUUCUUCAUCGUGAUCAAAGUGCAAAGAUUUAAGCUUUCUGUAAUUGCUCUUGGUAUAUUUUGAGUUAUAUAUAUAGAUAUAUAUGUAUAUGUAAAAUUAGAGAGAAAAUCAGAAUCCCUGAAAGAUUGAGCCAAAUUUAGAGGCAGCAAGAGGGUAAUUAAGUGUCUUUGUUGGGGGGCUAUAAAGAGAAAGGGUUUAGGGGCCAGACAGCAACCCAGAAGCUACAAAAGGGAGGGGUUCACAGAAAAGCAGAAAAGGAAGAACCUUGUAAACCCCGUCAUUGUGAACAAGCAGAGGAACAAUUUCACUAUCCAACGUAAGGGGAGGCAAAGAUGAAGUACGUGUUGGUGACAGGUGGUGUUGUCAGUGGACUUGGGAAAGGUGUCACUGCAAGCAGUAUUGGACUUCUCCUCAAGGCUUGUGGUCUUAGAGUAACUUCUAUCAAGAUUGAUCCUUACCUCAACACUGAUGCUGGAACAAUGUCUCCUUUUGAGCACGGGGAGGUUUUCGUCUUAGAUGACGGUGGUGAGGUUGACCUUGAUCUUGGAAACUAUGAACGUUUCUUGGACAUCAAAUUAACCCGUGACAAUAAUAUCACUACUGGAAAAAUAUAUCAGUCUGUUAUUGAGAAGGAAAGAAGAGGAGAUUAUCUUGGGAAGACAGUUCAGGUUGUUCCACACAUAACAGAUGCCAUCCAAGAAUGGAUAGAGCGUGUAGCAGAGAUACCAGUUGAUGGGAAAGAAGGGCCAGCUGAUGUUUGUGUCAUUGAAUUGGGUGGAACUAUAGGGGAUAUUGAGUCCAUGCCUUUUAUUGAAGCGCUUGGCCAAUUUUCAUACCGUGUAGGCUCUGGCAACUUCUGUUUGGUUCAUGUCAGCCUGGUUCCUGUUCUAAAUGUUGUUGGUGAACAGAAAACAAAGCCAACUCAGCACAGUGUUCGUCAACUUAGAGGAUUGGGUUUGACUCCUAAUCUUCUUGCUUGCCGCAGUUCAAAGGAACUUGAUGACAAUGUCAAGGCCAAACUUGCUCAAUUUUGUCAUGUGCCGCUGUUGAACAUACUUACUCUCCAUGAUGUUCCAAAUAUUUGGCAUAUUCCUUUGCUAUUGAAAAAACAGAAGGCACAUGAAGCAAUCCUGAAAGCAUUAGACCUCCUCAGUGUUGCUGCUGAGCCCAAAUUGAAGGAGUGGACCGCUAGGACAAAAGUUUAUGACAAAUGUCAGGAAACUGUUAGAAUUGCAAUGGUGGGAAAAUACACUGGCCUUUCAGAUGCCUAUCUUUCUGUUCUGAAGGCACUUUUGCAUGCUGCUGUUUCCCAAAACCGUAAACUUAUUGUGGACUGGGUUCCAGCUGGAGAUCUUGAAGAUGUUACAUCUAGAGAGGAUCCUGAUGCAUAUAAAGCUGCUUGGAGUCUUUUGAAGGGUGCUAAUGGGGUUCUAGUUCCAGGAGGUUUUGGUGAUAGAGGAGUACAAGGGAAAAUUCUUGCUGCUAAGUAUGCUCGAGAACAUAAAGUUCCAUUUCUCGGCAUUUGCUUGGGGUUGCAGAUUGCUGUCAUUGAGUUUGCACGAUCCGUUCUGGGUCUGCAUGAUGCUACAAGCACAGAAUUUGAUCCUGACACCAAGACCCCUUGUGUCAUAUUUAUGCCAGAAGGCUCAAAGACUCAUAUGGGGGGAACCAUGCGUCUUGGUUCAAGGAGAACUUACUUCCAAGUUACUGACUGCAAAUCUGCAAAAUUGUAUGGUAAUGUAAGCUUUAUUGAUGAGCGACAUCGGCAUAGAUAUGAGGUUAAUCCUGACAUGAUAUCACAGCUAGAGAGUGCUGGUCUAUCUUUUGUUGGCAAAGAUGAAACUGGGAGGCGUAUGGAGAUAGUGGAGCUGCCUGGCCAUCCUUUUUUUAUUGGCGUUCAGUUUCACCCUGAGUUUAAGUCCAGACCAGGGAAACCUUCUCCCCUCUUCUCAGGACUAAUAGCAGCAGCAUGUGAACCAAGGAGGACAGUUGUGCCACUGCCAAGUAAUGGCCAUGCCAAGUUAACAAAUGGAAAAUAUAAUAAUGGACUCUCAGCAGCCCUACUGAAAGCACACAAAAAGGGAAAUGGUUUUAAAUCAUCCAAUGGUUCCUUAAAUGGUGUAUAUACCAAUGGCAAUGGUGUGUAUGUGGAUGGUAGUUGUUAGUGAUAUGAAUGUUUGGUGCAUUCUAAUAAUUGUGGUGUAACUAUAUCCAAGGACAUCCUUCUUGUCCUCGGUUGCUGUGUACAGUUAGUGAGUGGAUAGGUCUUUUAGCUAGGGACUUGUCUUCAGAAUGAAACAAAUUUUUGAGUCUAACAGCUUUUUAUGUUUCCUAGUGCUGUUGGGUUGUGCUGUGGUGUGGCAGUUGCAGCCACCAUUGUUUUCACCCUUUGGUCAAAACAUUGGCCAAAGCUUCACUCACUUGAUCAUGCCAAAUAUUUGGGCUAUGGUGGCUUUUCAGUACUAUUUAGGAAUUUUCUUCUAUGUAUACAGGCUUCAGGUGUAAGAUUGCAGUGUCUUCUUUUCUGAGUGCCCAUUAAUGUAAACUCUUGUGUUAUGAUGAACAUUCAAGUUUAAUUUUGUUUGCUACACUUGCUUUGAUAUCUUUUUCCCCCUUUCUUCUUUAAUUUAAAUAAUCAGAUGCU